AAGUGUCCGGACUGGAAGGGGGUCACAGUGUCCGGACUGGAAGGGGGGGGAAAGCGUCCGGACUGGAAGGGGGUGAAAGUGUCUGGACUGGAAGGGGGGGAAAGUGUGCGGACUGGAAGGGGGGGAAAGUGUCCGGACUGGAAGGGUGGGAAAGUGUCCGGACUGGAAGGGGGUGAAAGUGUCCGGACUGGAAGGGGGGGUGAAAGUGUCCGGACUGGAAGGGGGUGAAAAUGUCCGGACUGGAAGGGGGUGAAAGUGUCCGGACUGGAAGGGGGUGAAAGUGUCCGGACUGGAAGGGGGUGAAAGUGUCCGGACU